UUUUUUUAUAUAUAUCACUCUCUCUCACACACACUCUUUUUUCUCUCAUCAAAUUACACUUAUAGAGAGAGAAAGAGAAGCUUUUUUUUUUCUUCCAUUGAUUCAGACUCGCUCUCUCUCUCAUCAAGCUUCAUCAAUUAAUAUUUUCUCUCUCGGCAAACUUCCGUGGAAAAGGUGUGAGUAGAGUGUGGCCGUUUUCUCCAUUUUUGCAGCUUAAUCAAACGGCGAUCUCUCUUCUCAAUGCAGCCAAACACUGCUUCAACUCCUAAGAUAGAAAAGCAAAAAAAAAAAAUCAAGCUUUAGCUAGCUUCAAUAUUCUUUAAAUUGGCCUUUUAACUCAGCUUUUGGAAUGAGACCUGAAAAAACCUAUAAAGCAGUGUGUUAUGGGAAUUGAGCUUGAGUAGUAGUGUAAAGUGACCUUAUUAUUACUGAUAUGAACGAAGAUAGACAAAUGGAAGUGCAUUACAUAGACACUGGCUUUCCUUACACAGCUACUGAAAGCUUCAUGGACUUCUUUGAAGGCCUCACACAAGUCCCUCCACUCACCUAUCCUCAUCCUGGGCUUGUCCACGAUCAGGAAAGUUUAUACUGGUCAAUGAACAUGAAUUCAUACAAAUUUGGAUUCUCUGGGCCAGGAAGCACUACUACUUCUACUUCUUACUAUGGUCAUUAUGAGGUAAAUGAUCAUUUGCCAAGAAUGGAUAUGAACAGGAGAGCUUGGGAAUACCCUUCUAUGAUGACCACAGAGGAACUUCCAACCACAGACUCAGAACAGUUUGAGGAAGUAUCAUCAGGAGAUGCAGAUGCAGCAGCAGUGGCUCAUGCUACACCUGAAGAAAACAUCCCAAAUCAACAGAAUAAUAAUGCCAGCUCUUCCCAGACUGUGUGGCAGGACGGCAUAGAUCCUGACAACAUGACCUACGAGGAAUUACUUGACUUGGGUGAGACAGUUGGUACUCAAAGCCGAGGUCUUUCGGACGAUCUCAUUAACUUGCUUCCGACCUCCAAGUACAAGUUUGGAAGUUUUUUCUCAAGAAAAAAAUCAGGAGAGAGAUGUGUGAUUUGCCAGAUGAGGUACAAAAGAGGGGAUAGGCAAAUGAAAUUACCAUGCAAACAUUUAUAUCACAGUGAAUGUAUCAGCAAAUGGCUCAGCAUCAACAAGGUAUGCCCGGUUUGUAACAUGGAGGUAUUUGGUGAGGAGCUGAGCUGAAGAAUUAUAAAGCUUCAAUUUCCAGCCAAAGAGGAAGAAGAAAACUCAAUGUUUUUUCAUUUUUCUUUCUAAAAAGUUAGUCUUUUUUUUUAAUCUUUGUAUACAUGAUACAGGGUUAGGUAAUGAAGGGUAGAUAGUCUCUUGUCUUUUUUUCUUAAUACAAUUAAUGUUUAAUUACAAAUUACUUUUCACUCUAA